AUGGAUCUAGAUUUCGACGAUCUAGCCUCGGAUCAUGCUGCACCAGCAGCUAGAGCUGGUGGAAGGUUUAAACCGAAAGGUAGACCACAGCCAAAGAAGAAGCCAGUCUCUCUUUCAACACUCCCUGCCAAAGAAAAACUCUCAACACAAGGCGAAGAUCCGGUUUCUCUAGACGGAUCAUCCGCUAAUCCCAACAAGGCUUCAACUUCCGAGACUGUUGUGGUUGAGAGUGAAACCAUUGACCAAUCUACCAUUCCAACAUUAUCGGAAAAGAAUGUAGAUGUGUUUUCAGGAAGGGUUAGUAUGUCUAUGGAACAUUCUGUUCUUCGUGCUUGUACUAAUGUGGGUUUGGAAGAAAAGGGAUGUGGUGAUGAUCCCAUAACACAAGAUUCUGCAGUGUUUAGAGAUUUUGCUGCUCCUGCAACGGAUGAAGAUACACAUGUUCAAACUGAAAGGAUGCAAACAGGGGAAGAAGAGUCUCCUUUGGACAUGGAAAGUCUUGAUAUUGUACAGGAGGAAGGCAUCACCAGUAGUCCAUACGAGAAACAUACUGGAAAGUUCCAACCAAAGCCUAGACUGCUCGACACUGUGAUUGAAGAACCUGAGUCUCAUUACUCUGUUGAUGAUACUGGUUUUUAUUCAAUGGGUACUAACGAGUCUGAGUUUACAAUCAAUGAGGAGUCAAGAAACAAUGUCAAUAAGAAUACUCCAAACUAUGGAGAGCUUCAAGAGGAAGAACGCAGUAAUCCUCAAGUCCCCAGAGAAAUGGUUCCUGAGAUGGAGGCGCCAAAUGCUUCUGGCGAAGAACAGGUUGUCUCGCCUAGCACAAACAAUACAGUUUUAGGAGAAGAAGAAAAUGGUUUAGGGAACACAGUAGAAGAAGCACCAAAACAAAGAAAACUAGGUAAAAAGGGAAACCCUAGGGGAAGAAAGCGGAAAACCCCCACCAGUGAAGAAGAACCAAAAAAGUCUAAGGAGAAGCAACCAAAGGAGAAGAAGUUCAAGCAUUCAGGUCGUCGACAGAGAAAAAGAACAUUGGAUAAGGAAUUGCUUGAAACCCCGGAUGACGAAAUCAGAUUUCUGCCUAUUAAAGAUAUGCUUCGCCUUGUUGAAUAUAAAGAAUGGUUGGAGAAAAAGGAAGCAAAGGGAGCUGCUCCUGUUGUGCCGCCUACCCAAGAAAGUGAUAUGAACGCAUCGGAAAACCAGGAUUAUUCUCAUCAAGGUUUUGACGCAGAAGAUGAUUUUGGUAUGGAGGAGAGCGAAUAUCAAGAAACUAAUUUAGUUAAACCGGACUCGCCGGUUAACUAUCAAACGUACAUGAACAAGACUCCGAGAUCACGAUGGUCAAAGGAAGAUACAGAACUCUUCUAUGAGGGAAUUCAAGAGUUUGGGAGCAAUCUAUCGAUGGUACAACAACUGUUUCCUGAUAGAACGCGUCAACAGAUCAAGCUCAAGUUCAAAUUGGAAGAACGCAGGAAUCCACUGAAGAUCAACGAUGCAUUAUCAAGUCGCUCGAAACAUCUUACGCAUUUCAAGACUGUGAUUAAGAAGCUUCAACAAGAAGCCGCGGCUGCAAGAGAAGGCGAAGAAGAAGAAGAAGGAGAAGAAAGAGAAGACAUAGCUGGGGAAGAGGCACAAACAACUACUGAUGUUCCUGAUAAUGAGGAGCCGAUGAAGUCUGACGAGACUGAGCGAGCUGGUGAUGGAGUAGCUGGAGUCAAGGAAUCGGACGGUGUGGAUGUUGAGAAUGGCGUGAGAUCGGACGGUGGAAAUGAAUGUGACGAUGAGGAAGAUGAUGAUGAUUUCUGGAAUUCUUAUAAAAGUGAAAUGUAA